AAUCUUAUAAAUACCCAGGAAGUGCUAAGCCAGACCCUUUUAGCUGCAUGGGACCACAUGGGGAACUGAACAAAAGAACAAAGAAAGGUAUCAAAAUCAAGGCCCGCAGGCGAAUCCGGCCCGACAGCAGGUUCCAUCCGGCCUGCGAGACGUUUUGGGAAGAAGGGGAACAGCUUUGAAAAACAAAUUACCACAGAAGGACCAAUCAUGAAGCUGAAUGUUUGUACAAGACAGAAGGUCGGCAAAAACCUUCUACAGGGCUGCAUCGUCCUUUUUCUGGCUGUGCUUGUCUUAAUCUUUAGACAACAUAAAAUGGACCUACUUGAGCUAAAUUAUAAAGAAAACUCGACCAUCGUCCACAAGAAAGUGACCUCUCCCCCUUCAUCUGCUUCUCACACUGCUCCUCCCGUGCCUGACAACUUCUGCACCUUCAAGCGAUUCUCCUCUGCAGAUGCUGAGGAGGAACGUCUCAUAUUGGACUCCAUUGCUUGGCCUGAAACUCCACCACCGCCAGCUCCUUUUUUAUUGAACCAAACAAGUGAUCCCACCCACAGCAAAUUCACUAUUCUCCCAAGGAGGGGUGGAGGAGAUUGGCACAUAGGAGACCAGCUGGAAGUUAUGAUAAAAAUGUACGACUUCCAAGGUAACCCCAAGAAGUCUGGAGGAGAUGCAAUUGUUGCCCGAUUGCACAACAGGCCACUUGAUGCAGGUGUGGCUGGACGAGUGGUGGAUCACCUUAAUGGCUCCUACUCUGCUGUAUUCUCUUUACUCUGGGAAGGAAGUGCACAGGUUGAGGUGACCCUUGUCCACUCAAGUGAGGCUGUCACAGUUCUGCACAGGCUGAAUAGAGAACAUCCUGAUAGGGUUCUCUUUAAAAGCCUCUUUCGCUCAGGUUCAAUCUCUGAAACUACCUCCUGUAACGUUUGCCUACGUCAAACCAACCAGCCACAGUGCAACUACACUGACCUCCGUACAGGCGAGCCUUGGUUCUGCUACAAGCCAAAGAAACUGAGCUGUGAUGACAGGAUUAACCACAUGAGAGCCGGAUUCAAUGUAAGACUCAAGGACAAAGAGGAGAAGCUUUUCCAAAGCAAAGUCAACCUGAAAGUCUUCAUUCAGGCUUCAGGACCGGCCAAUGUUACUGUGCUGCCUCCAAGGAAAGGGCAACCUGAGGUUGAUCAAGGCAGUGGGAAGUCUGGACUCUCUGGGUAUUACUACCAGGGUGUGUGGCGAUCACUUGGUGGCACCAAAGUCCACCAAUUCAACAACUCCUCUGCCAUCAGUCAGUGUCUGAAAGGAAAGGUGGUCCACAUGUAUGGAGACUCCACCCUAAGGCAAUGGUUUGAGUACUUUGAUGCUUCACUUCCAGAUGCUAAUGAGAUUAACUGGAAUAGUCCGAAGCAAACUGGACCUUACAUGAUAUGGGACAAUGCAAAAAACAUCUUGGUAACAUACCGUGUCCAUGGUCCUCCUCUUAGUUUUAUCUACGUCCCAAUCAGUGAGCUGCAUUACAUUGCAAAUGAAAUUGACGGGUUGGUAGGUGGCACCAACACAGUUGUAGUUAUUAGCAUCUGGGCCCACUUCAGCCCUUUCCCAAUUGAGCUCUACAUCAGACGGCUUCAGAGCAUCCGCAGGGCGGUGAUUCGUCUGUUGAACAGGGCUCCAGACACACUGGUGGUCAUCAGGACUGCAAACCUCAGAGGUUUAACACCUUCUGAAUCGUUAAACUACAGUGACUGGUACACACUACAGCUGGACAAGGUGCUAAGAGCUCUGUUCAAAGGAUUUAAUGUUCGACUAGUGGACGCUUGGGAGAUGACUCUGGCCCACCAUCUGCCUCACAACAUUCACCCAGGCCGUCCUAUUGUUAAGAAUAUGAUUGACAUUCUCUUGUCCUACAUAUGCACCAAAUAGGGCUAGUAGAUGUGCAUGUAUUCAGUAAGGGAGUUAAUAUUUCAAUCAAUUAAUCGUUUGCAAAAAAUAUAUAUUAUUUUGCCAUAUUAAAAAAGAAGUUUUAUUAAUAAAGAAUGAUAUCUGUCCAAAUGCAUAAUAUACCUAGACGUUUAAAACAAUCAUAUGACUUGAAUGCAUUUUUUCCUCAAACAA